AUGAGGAUACUUCGAAGGUUUUCAAAUGUUAUUUCUAAAUUGAAAAGCAUUAAAAUUGGAGAAGAAGUAACUAUUUCCAGGCAGAUAACGAAGGAAGAUUUGGAAAAGUUCACAUUAGUUAGUGGAGAUACAAACCCAAUUCAUUCUAUUCAUGGCGAAAAUGCCGUGGUACAUGGAGCAUUUUUAAAUUCCAUUGUAUCGAGUGUUAUUGGCACUAAGUUACCAGGUCCUGGAACCAUUGUAGUUCAGCAGAUUCUAAAUUUUCCAAAUAAAUGCUACGUGAACGAGACCGUUAUCACAACAGUAAAGAUAGUUGAAUGUAGGAAAAUAAUUAAAGUCGAUUUUAGCUGUGAAGUUGAUAAAAAUAAAGUAGUUUUGUAUGGUACAGCAAAACUUAUGAUGAAUAAAUAA